AUGUGGCUAGAUGAUGUGGGUGAGGCCCUGUGGGGUGAAGCUGAAGGAGAUGAUCCUGAUGAUGCCUUGGCCCUUGACGGCGAGAAGCCACCAGACGUCUCGGCUGAGGAGCUCGCUCGGCUGGACCUUGUCAGCGACCGGCAUGAGGUGGAGAGGCUUCUCUCCAUGAAUGCCAUCCGCAGGCCAAAGGAUGGAGAGGACUUGUCCAAGUACAGCCGGUUGUCCACCAAGCUGGUCAGAGAUUGGCGCAAGCGGCCCAUGUGGGUGAGAAGGUCGCGCCUCGUAGCGCGCGAGUUCAAGUCGUGGUCGCCAUGGUCCCAAGAGCUCUUUGCGCCGUCGUCAUCGCUUGCUGUGUGCCAUGGUCUGAUUGCACAAGCACAAGCAUUUGGGCUAGAGCUCACAACCCUCGACCAAAAAGACGCAUACCUCAACGUGCCUCAGAAGGCACCAGUCAUCAUUGAGGUGGACUCGCGUGCCUUCGAGGACGGGCCUUGCAGAAUGGAGCAGUUCAUCCUGGAGAGGCUGCUGCCAGGGCAGCGAGUCGCGGCUGGAGAGUGGUUUGGCUUCAUCACUGACAUUCUCAAAGAUGGCAGCCUUGAGAGUUUCCCCAAAGAGCCGACCCUCUUCCGGAGAGCUGGCCCUGGUGACUUGAUGGGCCUGGUUCUUCAUGCAGAUGAUGGGCUUUCGGCCUCUACCCGGGAGGCCAGGGAGGAGCUGAAAGCCAAGCUUGAGGAGAAGGUCGUUGUGCAGUUCAGCGAGCCGUUGGUCAAUGUGGGUGACGAGCUGGAGUUUCUCAAGCGGAGGUAUGUCCUCGAGGAAGAGGGAGUGAUCAUGUACUGCAGCAACAAACAUGUUGAUGGUUUGCUUGCAGCAUUGGGGCACAACAUAAAGUACCGCGAGACCCCCGCCGACCAAAGCUUCCUUGAAAAGGACAACACCCCUGAGCUGCCGGAUGUGAAGGCGUGCCUGGGUUACAGUGGAGAAGGCCUUUGUGGAUCAGGUGGGAAGGCGAUCCUAGAAAGCGUUACAGAUGCUGACUGGGGAGGAGACAAAGCAAGUCGUAGAAGCAAAACAUCCGCCCAGAUUUUUCUGGGUGGAAGUCUCCUCAGUUCGUUUGUCAGAUCACAGCGCUCGGUGGCACAGUCCUCGGGAGAGUCAGAAUUUAUUGCAUCAGUGGCAGGAGCUGGGGAGAUGUUGUAUGUGAAGGAGUGCAUGGAGUUCCUCCUCAAGGGUGCUGCUGAGAUUGAGGCGGUUGCCCGCACAGACAGUGCGGCAGGCCGCGGAAUAUCACAGCGGAUAGGUUGCGGUCGGGUACGGCAUCUCGACUGCGGCCUCCUAUGGCUUCAAGAUGCGGUGAAGAAAGGGGCCCUGAAGAUUGGCUCCAUUCCUGGAGCAAAGAACACGCCAGAUGUGGGAACAAAACCCCUCAGUGGACCGAAGCUCAAAGAGUUGCUUUGGAGAUCUGGUGCAGUCAAUGACGAGGGCCAGCGCUAUGGAGAGGAGGAGGCAAAGGAGGCCGAGCACAAGGCGAACAUCCGGAACAUCGUCGCAAGAAGCGGCCUCGGACCACGCUAUGGGAAACAGGUUCUUCCCGUUCUCCUCAUCCUGGCCCAGAUCCUCGGCAAUGACAAUGUGGCUCACCACUGUGAUUGUCAUGGUGGGUUUUCCUCUUUUUAUAUGGUGGUGCUUGCGCAGUUUGUGGAAAGCUGUGUGGAGCAGGACACCAAUGUUUGA